AUGGAGGAGCGAGCAUACCCUGUCGAACAGUCACAUCUGCCGUGCGCUCCUUGUCACCAUCGGGAAAUAAUGGGAAAACCCGUCGUCAACCCAGGGUCUAUAAACAAUGGACUUACAGCCAGUGUGAAUAAGGUCAGUUAUACCAAUAUCCUUUCCUUGAAUGAAGGACAAGAACUGCUAUUAAAAGUGCACACCUUAAAUGUUGCCCCAGUGCAGCAUCCAAAUGUACAGAGUUCCAACUAUGACUUUUCCAAAUGGUUUUCCUUUGUAAUAUCCACACGAGGAGUAGUGAACCAUGUGUUUCAUCCAAAAGGAGAAGAGGAAGAAGUGGUGGCCAUCAAGAAAAACCUUGCUUCUGUAUUUGCAUCCAAACUCCAUGAAGCAGGAGAGGUGCCCGGUGAAAACAGGGAUGGUGUUUUUAUUUACCAUGUUUCUGAGGAUGGAAAUGAAGGAGAACAUAAUGCAACAUAUGCAGUGAUGCCAGUUAAAAAUGGAGUAGAGUUCAAAAAAAGAAGACUUAACCAUCCUGUGAAAAAUGCCAAGGCCUCAUAUCAAAAGACAAUGACUUACCAUGCAUACCUUGGAACCAUUCAUAGUGUCCUUAUUGAGGAAAACUUUACAUCUCCCAAGACACCUCCAGACUUUGAUCCUUUUUAUGGAAUGAGAAAAGUAAAGUCUGUAAAUGAAUUCAGUACAGAAGAGUACCCAGAAAUGUCAUAUACUAGCCAAGGAAGGCUUAGUUUCCUAACAAGACACAUUGACAAGAAAGAAUGGAUUAAGCCUAGUGAUGUAUUAUUAAUGGCUUCAAUACGUAUUGGCACCGUAAAACGCACAAACAAACAUUUGAAUAUAUCCGAAUGUAGAAAACAUAUCAUUACAAACCUGACUUGUAUAGAAAAUCAGCCUGAACAAGGUUCUCCAAUCAGUGGAUUCUGUUUUCGGAACAUUGUGAAUCAACUUUUGGAGUUGCCAGAUGAAGAAGUAGUAAAAAUAGCUGAAUUCUACUUUACGGUUUUGCCACCAUCGAUUUUUAAGUACAGAAAAGCUACAGAGAAUAUGGUUGAUGCUUUUGGAACAAUGAACACAGAAUUGUCUGAGAGAUUACUGGCAGAGAAAGUUCUACUGAGUCCCACUCCUGAUCACGAUCUUGUCAGUAGAGUUUUGACUCAUGUUGCAAUCAAGGAUAAAGCUCCAUCUGAGCUUAUGCUGAAAACAUUAGAAGAUGCAGUUUUUCAUCAAGAGAAAUUCCCAACAGAAUUUUACAUCAAUGAGACACUCGGUCAAUACCCUUGGGAAUACAGGCAAAGAAGAUCUUUAAUGACAUUCAAAGAAAUGGAGGAUUAUGAUUAUCAAAAAGUGAUCCUACUGGAGACUCUAGGGAAUGCCAGGCUGGAUGAAUCCUAUGACUACAUUCUGUCUCAUAUCAACAGCACGAACUCACCGUGGAUAAAGAGGGCUGGGUGUCAUGCUCUCCGAAGUUAUCAUCAUGACCAUGCUGCUGAGACCCUAUUGCAUUUAGCUUUGAAUGAUGAGGAUCAGGCAGUACGAUACGAAGCAUCUCUUCUCUUUAUGGCUCAUCCCAAGGGAAAGGUGAUUGCUCCAAUAAAUGCCAGGGAAGAGACCAAGUUCGACAACACAACAAGUCUGGAUGAUCCAUAUAAUGCAGGUGUGGAUGUAAUAGAUCUUACAACUGGUCCCCAGCGAACUCGCAGAAGUGUGUGGGAUGGAAUUAGUUUUAGACUGGAAGUUCCAGAAGUGGACUGGAGAAAAGAACUUGGUACAUCAGAUAUUGGUGCAUCAUUUGGAGUAAUCAUGUUCAAUUCAUUGGAUGUAGCUAUAGCUCCAAUCCAAGGUCAUCUGAAGGUCCGUGUUCAUGAUGAGGCAUAUGCCAGAGUACAUGUUGGAAUGUUUGGAUAUAAUUUUGAUUUCUUUGUUGCUAGAGUGGCAUACUUGAUUGACAAUUCUACGAAAGCUCUGGCUUUAAUUGGUCGCUAUGACCCUGAAGACUUGCCCUCAGAAUUUGCACCUACAAUCAAUUUUGUGCAUAAAGUCUCAAAAUUGUUUGGUGAUAUAAAAACCCAUGUGAUGGGAUUUGUAAAUGCAGUAGAACAGACUAUUAAAGUUCUUAUCCCUCAUCAAGCCAAAGUCAUGUAUGAGAGCAUAAGAGAUAUUAUUGAAGGAUUCCCAAAGAUAGUGUUAAACCCAAAAGCAGCAAUUACAAGCAUUGGAAAAGGAGUAUUUUCAAUUUAUCAGGCCUUUAUGAUUUUAUUGCAACAAAAGCAGAAAAUAGAAGAGGCUUGUUUUUUCCUUAGAGAUGAUAAGCCUUAUUGGUUUGAUAUUCAAACGUUGCUGAAUGAAUACAAGCCUUUGGCUGAUAAAGUAUUUUCCAGUUUAAAAAGUGCUGGAGACAGAUGGAUCAGUGAGGAUAUAGAAGAUUCGCAAGAUAGGGUUAAAACAUUUACAAAUGGCAGAAUGACACUGAAAGAUGUGAAACAAGAGGCAGUUCAUACACUAGAAAGUAUUCAAGCAACGCUGAUGAACCCUUUCAAUGAUUUAAUAGGAUUGGCUGAUAACUUUGUUAGGCAGUAUAAGAACCUUUUUGGACUGGUUCACGACAUCAAAGAUGCAUAUACCACUCUGAAGAAUGGUUAUGACACAGCAAGAGGAAUAAUUGAUGCCUUAUUUGGACCUAAAGUGCAUACAAGUUUCCCCAAAAACCGGCGCUUGAAGGGAUAUGGAUGUGGAAGUGGAUUAUAUCCUUCCCAAACAGAUUACAAGCAUAAAGGACUUGAUUUAUUAAUAGAAGAAAGAGAUCCGAUUGUAGCUCCAUUUAGUGGUUUUAUAACUGUUGAUGCUGAGGCUACUGACACAGUAGUCAUUAAACCUGAAGGAGGUUCACUUCAAGGGAUUACAAUCUUCAUAACAAAUAUAAAACCUGAAUCCACCAUUGAAACUGAAGAGGGUAGAUGGUUUGCAGCUGGUCAAACCAUUGGUAUUGCAACCGGAUCAAAUUGUGCCAAUCAUAUUCAUCUAGCCUUUCAGAAGGAUGGAGAUUAUAUUGACCCUACCAAGUAUCUUGAUUCCAUCAUUCCUGAAGUGCCUCAAUGGAAACAAAUUUGUGAUGACUACAAGCUUGUGUUUAUGGAUGUUACAUUAAAAGCUGGAAGCUUAGUUGGUCUGAAUGGAAAAGAUGAGCAAAAUCUAGACCCCAUUCUUUCCAACACAGAACUGGCUUUCCCUAUUCCAGAUUUUUCUGAUAACAGCUUUGAUCCAGAUGAUACAAAAGACAUAAAAAAUGAACCAGGUGGUUUUUUCUACAAAGUGCAAUCACGCAUAAACAUUCCCAAGGCCCCAGAUUUAGAGUUUGUUGAAGAUGAUCAUCAGUGUGCUGCCAUUAUGAACACUGGUACCCUCAAUGUAAAAAGAUCCAUUUUCCCUAUAAAAGGGAUUUUUACAACACUUUUGAAGACAGCGGACAAAUUUUUGAAGAAAUUCAAAAUCAGACGUCUGAAAUUUGGCACAAUCUUGGAAUUUCUUGAAAGAUUUGGAAUGACAAAAAGCAAGGAUGCUAUGGCAAGAGUUAUGAGGGGGAUAAAGGAUAUCAUAGACAAUACAACAUGUAGAAAUCCUUAUGAAAUGACUGAAGACCAGCUUGUGAAUGAACUACUUGAAAGAGGCAAAGACACAAAGGGAUCAAGAGCACAGCUGAUUGAAAGACUAGUAAAAUUAGACAAAGGAUGUCCAUUGAUGACCUUCACCAUGCCAAAACAUAAUGUCUACUGCACCUUUGAUAGCAUGUGUUUAGGACUGGAAUGUUGUGUCAACAUGAAGUUUGCCAUAUUUCUAAAAGUUUUCAAAGUGUGGGCACGCUUUGAUCCAUGUGCUUCCCCCCGAAUGUUGUUUAAUCUUGGAAUAGAUUCAUACACAUACAAAAUUGAGAUUCCAACAGAUAUCAGUUAUGAUGGAUUUGAAGGAGAAUUGAAUUCAGGAAACAAACUGGAUUUGCUGGGAGGAGUAGAGUUGAUCAUCAGAUACAAAAUUUUCAAAGGAACUAAUGCAACUCUGGCAACAUUUGGAGUUGGACUGUGUAGCUUUAAUGAUGCAGAAAACUGCCUGGUGUUUAUUAACUUGUUGGACAAUGCUGAUAUUCAAUCACCUAAGCCAGAUAAGAUGACACAUGGUCAGAUUAUUGCAGAGCUGGAACGGAGAAGGUUAUCAACAGAUGGUUCAAGAUCAGAUCUCAAUGAACGCCUUUCAUUGGAUGAUUUGUCCUGUGCUAAGAUUACUUUAGAGGAACUACAAGGAAACCUUGCCAAUAUUCUGUACUAUAAAAUUCAGAAAGACUGUCUGAGGAUAGAUGUUUGGGCAGACAUUAAUGUAAAACUUCUGGGAUAUUCCUUCAGUAGAACUUUGUCUGCAUUCAUAGAAUUGGAUCCGUGCAGUUUUGUUGUACAAGUUGGUUUUGAAAAAUACCUGUGGACAAAAGUUCUAUUGAAUUACAAUUGGGGAACAAAUGAAGUUGCAGAAAUAAGCUCAAAUGUGAAAGUCAUGUACAGCAUUGGCAGAAAUGUUGAUGAAGGAGUGUUCAUUUUGCAGUUUGGACUUAUGAUUUGUUUGUCUUCACCAGCAGAUUGCAUUUUAGACAAAUAUUUAUUCACAGAUUUGAGGAUUCCUAUUCCUGUAUGCAGGGACUUUGUUUUUCCAGGAAAUGGCUCCUUUGCUGGACUGCUUGAAAAAAUUGGAGGAAAGAUGACAGAGGAAGCUUUUGAGCUUGUACUUAAAAAGUUUAAUCUGAAUGAUGUAAUAACAUCAGGACCAUGCCCCGGUAUUCCACCUGCUCCAGAAAAUUGUCCAGCUGAGUUUGAUGUGCGAAAGAAUUUACCAGAACAGCUGAAGGAGAUGGUAACAUGUGAACAGCCUCCUAACUGCUGGGGAAUUGACUGUUGUCUUCAGCUGACUUUCAACAUACCCCUGGGAGAUACCAAAAUAACCAAGAACAUCCCAUUCUGGUUCAAGUUAGACCCAUGUGAUUUCUCCUUAGACAUUGGUUUUGGAAAUAAGAUGCUUCUGAAAACACAUAUAUUAGAAUAUGAGUAUGGAAAGCAACAGAUUUUGACACUUGGCUCUGGAAAUCCACCUCCAGUAGAAAUUACAUACAAGAUAGAGCAAAUUCCAGGAAACAAAGGCUUUAUAGUGGAUUUAAGAAUACUCAUUUGCUUUGACUUUGACGUGAAGGUUGCAUGUAUUCCAACAAAUGAUGGUCUUCAUCUUCUUAAAAAUCAGGAAAUUCCACUUUGUGAUCAGAGACAGUUGAUUGACAUAAGGAACUUCUCAUUGACUGAUUGGAUGAGGGAGAAAUCACUGGAUCUCAAUGAACAGCUGGCAGAGGGCGCUGUGAUGUUACUGCUGGACCAGCUUAAUCUGACUGACUUCUUCCAAAGACCCAAAUGUGACAGAACCAGGAUGCCAUACAUACCCUCUAUACAAGGGAUACACAAUAAAUGUGCAAAGACCAUCCUUUACCUACCAUCCAAGAUCCCUGACCCAAUGUCCUGCUAUAUACCUGACUACUGUACAGGGAUAGAGUGCUGUGCUGAUAUUCCUGUCCUUGGCCUUGGGUUACAUGUGUUUGCUCUUCUGGACCUGGACAAAUUGGAACUACAAAUAGGAAUGGAAAACAUAAAAGAGACCAUCAAACUUAAUGACUAUGUGUGGGGAGAAGUGAAAACUUACAGUGUGGCUGACGAUUUCUCACUUACUGAUUGGUUACAAGAAAUGGACAUACCUUCAGUGAGUGAUCUAAAGAACAAUGCCAAGACUUUACUGCUCCAGCAACUGGGUGUUGAACAAUACCUUUUAGAAACACCUUGUGAUGCAUCUGGGGAUCUAUAUUUUCCAAAUGUUCAUGGAUGGAAAAAUGAGUGUCCAUUGGACUGGGUAGUUUUACCCCAGAUUACCUCAGACAAAGUGAGAUGCAGCCUUUCCUCUAACUGUACACGGAUAGACUGCUGUGUGGACUUCAGUCUGCUGAACCUCAAACUUCAUAUCUUCCUACACUUUGAUAGGUGUAACUAUGUCAUCUCUGGAGGAAUUGAAAAGAAAACAUUCAGUUAUGGAUUGCUAGAUUUCAACAAUUUCUGGGGUAGAGAAGUCUCCAUGAAUAUUGGAAAUGUUGUCUUCAUCAAAUUUAAAGCCACUCAGCUGGAAGUAUCUAAGAAAUAUGUUUUAGACAUGGGGGUUUCUGUGUGUUUAGAACCUGCAGUCUGUGAUUUGGAUAUUCCUAUAUUAAAAGAAGUCCUUAUUCCCAUUCUCAAUUGUGACCUCACCAUGGAUUUUAAUAUCAAAGAUUUUUCUCUGAUGAAGUGGAUGGAUGAUCAUGGUCUGUCAUUUGAUGGAAGUUUGUCUACAGCACUAGCUACUGCUUUGUUUAAAAAGCUAGGGAUUAAUUCUUUCUUGAGGAGUCCAGCAUGUGAAAGGACAGAACCACCUUAUAGUGUCAACAAAGUGGACAUCAGUGGGUGGUCCUCAGACUGUCCAGCUAAAAUGUCAUUGCCAACAAUAAGAGGAACAACUGCCUGCUACAUCAAAAACACAUGUACAGCUAUCAAAUGCUGUGUGGAGGUUGGAAAAGUCAGCAGAACAUUUGAGAUUGAAUUGGACAUAGACUUCUGUAACCAGAAACUGACUUUUGGUAUAGAGAAGCUUACAGAGACUGUUUCUCUCCAGGGAUUUGAGUAUGGAAAAAGAAAGGAGGUGGUCAUCAUGGGCAUUGUCAAGAUGUGGUACACCAUUUGGGACAAUGAAGGGGAAGGUGUUUAUGUGGUUACAGUAGACCUAGCAAUCUGCUUUGAAGAUGGAGGAGAUUGUCUCAUCAACACAAAUAUCCUAGAUCAAUUCAAAUUGUCUAAGCAAGCAUGCAUUUGGGGAACAUCAUUCUUGAGCCAAGAUUUUUCCCUGAAGCAGUUUAUGGACAACGCUGCAAUAACAGCUUAUGAUCAAAUAAAAGGUCUUGCUCUUGAUAAACUGAAAGAGGCACUUGGUCUUCCUACAUUUUUGAAUGAUCCCCCUUGUUCAUUGGUAGGCUCUGCCUUUGUACCAAAUAUCAGUGGAAUCAAAAAAGUAUGCCCAAAGGACAUUUCUUCCCUUCCAACACUUCCGAGCAACAUGGUUUGUCAGAUCACAGAGUCCUGUACAGGUGUUGACUGUUGUAUCGGAGCAGAACCAAUCCACCACAACUUCCAUGCCUACCUUGACAUAGAUCCAUGUAACUUCACCAUCAGAUUUGGUAUUGACAAAUUCCAGUUUCAGAUCUACAUGCAGGAGUACAGUUUUGGAGUGGAAAAAGAUGUCAGAUUGGUCAAUGUUGUUCGCAUUAAAUUUCAGAUUUGGGAUUUAUCAGCUGAGAACCAGUAUCUUGUCAACCUCAGAUUUAGUGUUUGCUUUGAUUCAAAUUCUGCCUGUUUACUGGAUAUAGAUAUUUUCCACGAGAAGCGUCUACCCAAGAAAGUGUGUGAUUUUGCUGUAGAAGCAAUACCAGACUUUUCACUAGAUAAAUGGAAAGAAUCUUACGGUGUAUCAACGGAACAUCUUCUGCCAACCGUGAUAGAUCAGCUGAUGGAACAUCUAGGGAUAGCUGGGUACUUGAAAAGACCACAGUGCACUAUAAACAUUGAAGCCAGCAGUAGCGAGAGAUGGAUUGAUGAAUGUCCAAAAUCACAACUGUACAAGAAACCAAGCCUGGCAGGUCUACAAGUUUUGUGCUCUAUCUCUUCUAGAUGCACAGAAAUUCACUGUUGUGUACAUGUUAUGUCAGUAGGAAGAAACUUUGAAACUUAUCUCGACCUUGAUACAUGUAACAAAACACUGGUUAUUGGAAUUGAGCAAUAUAGUGUUGAGGACCUUGUUGGAUAUGCUAGGUACUUGGUGAACAUGAAAGUGGAAGUCUGUUUGGAGAAAAACAACCCAUGUGUAUUUUCGCAGGACAUUGCAAAAGAUCUGUACCUUCCAAAACUUGAGUGUAACUGGUCAUUAGACCAUUCUGAGUUUUCCUUAAGUGAAUGGUACAAGAAAACAUCUCUCUCCAUUGGAUCUGUAUUAUCAGCAACCCAACUUUCCAUCUUGAAAGAAGCGCUAGGAAUAACCAACUUUUUGUUGCCCAAAGUAAAACAAUGUAACAGAAUCUCAUCUGCUUACAAAGCUGAAUCUCCAGACCAUGAUGGAUGGAAAAUAGACUGCCCAUUUGCAAUAGGGAAUUUAGCAGAGAUUAAAAAUAGUUUACCCCUGAGUUGUCACAUAAAGAGCAGCCAGGAUUACUUCAAACUUGCAAAUUUAGUAUAUAUUCUGUACCAAAUUGAUGAAGUAAAUAAGACAGUUCUAAAACUAUCCAUGCGAGUAAAGAUCUGUCUGGAAGAAAAUACUUGUGUCUACGAUGUUAUGUUACUGGACAAAGUGGUCAUUCCUAAACCAGGAUGUAGCUGGGACUUAACUUAUACCAUACCAGACUUCUCACUGAAAAACUGGUACAAUGACAUUGGUGCAAGCAUUGGUUCUCAGUUGUCCAACCUUAAUGCUGCAAAGUUGUUGGAAGAGCUUGGUAUUGCCAAAUACACCCAGGAAAUACCUUGUCAGAGGGCCGGUCCAGCAUACAGUCCAUAUGUAAAUGGAUGGAAAUCAGAUUGCCAGAUGGACGUAUUGACCAGUCCAAUCACAGACUCUGUUUCCUGUCUCAUUAAGGACACAUGCACUGCAGUCAGUUGUUGUAUGGACAUUGACUUUCUACAGAGGUCUUUUGAAACUUAUGUCACAGUCGAUGCUUGUAACUACUGGAUAUUUGUAGGAAUUGAGAAAUUGUCGUUUAACAUCAGCUUGGAUGAUAUGUUAUUUGGCACUGAGAACAAAUUUUACUUAAACAGUGUGAUUCGUAUUGACUACAAGAUAGAAGAUAUGCCAACUGAAAGACAGUUUAGAGUAUCCAUGGGCUUGAAGGCAUGUUUUGAGGCCUCAGAUGACAAUCAAUGUAUCAUUAACAUUGACAUCUUCAAGAACACACUUCUACCCAAGAAAAUCUGUGACUGGACAGAAGGAUUUUCCACAGCUAAUUUCAGUUUAUCAGAGUGGUACAGAGAUCUUUCCCUAACAGAGGGUUCCAUUCUGUCACAGUUGAAUAAGGACAGGCUUUUGGACAUGCUGGGCAUAAGGUCAUACCUUAACAAGAACCCAUGUUCCUUUACAUCUACAACAUACAGCCAUGCCAACAAUAAAGGAUGGAAAAAUGAGUGCAAGUCAGGCCUGACAUCUAACUUGCCAGCCUUACCAUCUACAGUCAAAUGUAACAUACCUGACUACUGUACUGGAAUAACUUGUUGUGUGGCAGAAAAUUCUGUAUUGAGGCAUCGUUUUACUGUGGGGGUCAAACUUGAUGACUGCAACCACAUUCUGAUAUUCCAAAUAGAGAAACUAAAUAUUGAAAUUGCUCUUAAGGAUUACAAUUUUG